AUGUCUGACUUAGCUGCUGAUGGAUUCCAAGCCUCUCCUUUCUUCAAAGAAUUACACGAUGGUUUAGCUGAUAAUAAAAUCAAACAAAAGGCCAUUGCUGGUGUUAAGGCUGUUAUAGUCAUUACUCUUAAGAACAAGGAAGGUAAAGACCAAUCUUGGAUUUUGGAUUUGAAAAAUGACGGUACUGUUAAAAAAAUUGAUGGUUCUUUACCAAAAUCUGAUGUCCAAUUACUCUUGAAGGAUGUUGAUUUUGUUAAAUUGGCUAAUGGUAAAGCUAACGGUCAAAAAUUAUUCAUGAAUGGUAAAUUAAAGGUCAAGGGUAACAUGAUGAAGGCUACUGCUAUUGAAUCGGUCUUUAAACAAAUUGAUCCAAGACCAAAAUUAUAA